UUCUUCAUCUCUUCUGACAGCAAUCUUCAUUUUCAGAUUACAGCAGCAGCAGCAGCAGGAGUGUCUCCAGUGUUUCCCAGAGUUCCUCACUGCGGAUGAGCAGAGCAACAUUCAGCACACGGCGGACCACUGCACUUCUCACGGGCUUGGCUACUGACGGGCACACUCCUGGAGCUCAUGAAGACUGGACGGGACGGGGACGCGAUGGACGAGAGCGUCCCGCAGGAGCCUGACCUCUACAGUCCCGUGUCCCCCGUCCCGCAGGAGGAGCCGGUCUCCACAUAUUUCGAGGAGAAGGUCCCGAUCCCAGAUGAUGGAGCAGAGAAGUUGUUCAGUUUCCGCAAGCUCUGGGCCUUCACUGGACCCGGCUUCCUGAUGAGCAUCGCAUACCUGGACCCUGGAAACAUCGAGUCAGACCUGCAGUCCGGCGCUAAAGCUGGAUUCAAGCUGCUGUGGGUUCUGCUGGGCGCCACCAUCAUCGGGCUCCUGCUGCAGCGUCUGGCUGCUCGUCUCGGUGUGGUCACGGGGAUGCAUCUGGCAGAGGUCUGCAACCGACACUACCCCACGGUGCCGCGGAUCAUCCUGUGGCUGAUGGUGGAGUUGGCGAUCAUCGGCUCCGACAUGCAGGAGGUCAUCGGCUGCGCCAUAGCACUCAAUCUGCUGUCAGUCGGCAGGAUUCCUCUGUGGGCUGGAGUGCUGAUCACCAUCGUGGACACCUUCGUCUUCCUGUUUCUAGAUAAGUACGGUCUGAGGAAGCUGGAGGCCUUCUUUGGGUUCCUCAUCACCAUCAUGGCACUCAGCUUCGGCUACGAGUAUGUGCGUGUCAAAUAA